CAACCACCUCUUUCAUGUCUUCCUUGGGAUCCCCUCCCACCAACCAGAUCUCCAACCACUUCCCUCAUUCUGCGUGCCGCCCAAAUCGCAGCAGCCUCGAUCCUGAGCUCCUUCUCUGCUUCUUGCCCAGGCGCCUGAAGCCUACCUCUUCUUCCUCGAUCCCGAAUGGAUCGUGUAGCUGCUCGAGGCCCCGAGCAGGAGCGCUCGGCCUCGUCCCCUCGCGCCGCCGCCGUCAGCAACCGGAACCACCAGGCCAGCCCCUCGCGAUCGUCUCCUUCUGUUCCCUCUUCCCUGCAUCUCUCUCUCUCCCUAAUCUCCUCAUCUCUCUGUACCUCAACAGGAGCUCCAGCACCAUGGUCAUCCCGAGCUCGGCCCGCGCAGCUCGGAGACUCCAAGCCCCCUCGUUCCAACAGUCCAGGAGGAUGCCGCUGUGCCCGUGCUGCAUCCCGCGAACCCACCGGCGACCCCGACCUUCAGGCUACCACGACGCGCCCGAUGCCUCCUCGACCGCACUGUGGACCCCGACGCCACCUCAUCGUGCCGCUGCCGGCGACCAGCAGCACAGGAGCUUGUCUUCGUCAUCCUCGCCUGUAUCCGCCUCGCCCUCGCCAGCAAGCUGCCUCGCGCCUACUGCCUCCCUCGCUCCGCAAGCCUCGUCGCGGGUCAACCGUGUCUGCUGCCAUGGACGUCCUCAUCGAGCCGUCGCCGCGUCGGGGUCCACCGCCCAAGUCCACCAGGGCCUCAGCCAUGGCGUGCCCUCCUCCAUGCGCUGCCCUGCCGGACCUCUCCUGCAGCCCGAGCUUCUCUCCCUCGCGUGCCAAGUUCGCCGUCGUCGCUCUCCUGCAUCGCCGCUGCCUGCCUGCGACCUCUGCUUUGACCCCGCCCCUGUUUCGUCCUAGGAUGAGGACAAGCCCGCUUUGUCCAGCCGCGUUGAACACAUCGCCAGAUCCCGUGCGCCCCUGCCUCGUUAGGUCGCUUGGGCCACCUCCUCACGCGUAUGGCCCGCAAGCCGUGCCAUGCGCCUCCAGGCUCAACUGGGCUUGGCCCAAUGUGAGCAACCCUUGCCCAAUCCAGAUCCAGCCCGUGUAGCAUUUUUUUCCAGUCCAUGCAUUUUUUUUAUUUAUCCAAUGCAUGCAUAAUUAUAGGAGGAUGCCAUUAUUUUAAUUUGCUCACAAGUAAAUAGCCGUGCAUCAUAUUGAAAUGUUUUAAAUAUGUAAAAUGCCUAGAAUUUUGUCUAGUUCCACAAUAUGCAACUUUCAUCUAUGUUUAAAAUGUUGUUUGUUAAAUUUUGCCUAUCGCCAUGUCAAAAUGGUUUAUUUCAUAACUAAUUAACCGUAGCUUCGAAUUAAAUAAAUUACAUAUGUAAAUGGG